CGGGGCAGAGGCGGAGUGGCUGAUCCGGGGACACGCGACGGGGACCCGGAGCCAAGCGCAGCGGCAGCAGAGCCCUAGCAGGACCGUCCCUUCCUCCCAGGCCCGGGAAGCACCCCCGAGACCCAGGACUCUCCCGGGGUCCCAUUCCGGCUCGCUUCUGAGGGAGGAAGGGGCGCCAGGAUAUCGGUGGCCCCAGUGCCCUGUCCAGACUGAGGGGCCUGUUCUCAACACCCCAGCUGGCAUCUGACCUGAUCUCCAUGGAAGCCUGAGGCUUUGUCUUCCCCCAAAAUGGAUGUUCCCGGGGCGCCCUCUGCUGGAAUUUGGAGCUAAGUGUCUGUGAAUUUCAAGUGAUGGCGACAGUGCUCACGCAGCACCCCAGGCCUCUCCCAGAGAAUGAGACCCUGUAUGAACAUUACAACUACGUGGGCAAGCUGGAGGGCAGGCUGAAGGACGCCACCGAAGGCUUCAACAUCACCACCAUCCUGUUCCUGGUCAUCUGCAGCCUCAUCGUCCUGGAGAACUUGAUGGUUUUGAUCGCCAUCUGGAAAAACAAUCGAUUUCACAACCGUAUGUACUUUUUCAUCGGCAACUUGGCUCUCUGUGACCUGCUGGCCGGAAUCGUCUACAAGGUCAACAUUCUGAUGUCGGGAAAGAGGACGCUGAGCCUGUCUCCUACGGUCUGGUUCCUCAGGGAAGGCAGCAUGUUUGUGGCCCUGGGGGCAUCCACCUGCAGCUUACUGGCUAUCGCCAUCGAGCGGUACUUGACUAUGAUCAAAAUGAGACCUUAUGAUGCUAACAAAAAGUACCGCGUGUUUCUGUUGAUUGGGAUGUGCUGGCUCAUCGCCUGUUCGCUGGGCGCCUUGCCCAUCCUGGGCUGGAACUGCCUGCAUAACCUCCCCGACUGCUCUACCAUCCUGCCCCUGUAUUCCAAGAAGUACAUUGCCUUCUGCAUCAGCAUCUUCAUGGCCAUCCUGGUGACUAUUGUGAUCCUGUAUGCACGGAUCUACAUCUUGGUAAAGUCCAGCAGCUGCAGGGCAGCAAACCCCCACAACUUGGAGCGCUCCAUGGCCCUGCUGCGCACGGUGGUGAUCGUGGUGAGCGUGUUCAUAGCCUGCUGGUCCCCGCUCUUCAUCCUCUUCCUGGUGGACGUGGCCUGCAGGGUGAAGGAGUGCCCUGUGCUGUUCAAGGAGCAGUGGUUUGUGGUGCUGGCUGUGCUCAACUCCGCCAUGAACCCCGUCAUCUAUACGCUGGCCAGCAAGGAGAUGCGGCGGGCCUUCUUCCAGCUGGUGUGCAACUGUCUGACCAGGGGCAAAGGCCCCCGCUCCUUGCCUGUCCAGCCUGCUCUUGAUCCCAGCAGAAGCAAGUCCAGCGGCAGCAACAACAGCAGCCCCAGCCCAAAGAGCAAGGAAGACCUUCCCCAGGUGGCCACCUCACCCUGCAUCACUGACAAAAACAAAACCCUGCAGAAUGGCAUCCUCUGCCAGUGAGGGUGCUGGCCUCAAGGAGCAGGGAUCCUCAGCUCUUCGAGGUUAAAUCCUGGGAAGUGGUCACCCGACUCAGCAGACACAUACUUAUUUAUUGCCUGCCUCCCCACGUGGACCCUCGCCCAGCUGGGACAGGGAAAUCUGUUGUGCCAACAGCUACUUGGCAUGGGUAGCUCUUAAGGAGGGACCUGAAGACUCACCAGUCCGUUCCAGUGUAGACAGCAUGCCUGUUUGCUUGGGCUCUGGGGUCUUGCUGAUGCCUAGGGCCCCUCCAUUGUUCCUGGAGAAGGGAGGCCAGAGGGCAACAGUGCACCCUGUGUUUCUCAGAACCUCAGGUGACGUUUCAGUAACUUUAUCUAUGACACGCAGAGAAUGGAUGUCUGUGUGUUUUCUUUUUUGUUACGUAGCCCAGUGUUUUGCUCGUCUGGCAUCAGAAGCGCUGCGUGCAGUACGUGGCAGUCAUGCACGGGUGAGUCCAGUAUGUCCGACUGAAGCACCAGGGACAAGGAUUUGCUACAAACACACUAGGGGGACAUGUAGGUCCAAGUCUCCUCUGACUUUCUACAAGUCUGUGUUAAGCUGUUUUAAAGGCCUAGAUUCCAAGAAAGGGCUUGUACAAGACCAGUCCCAGAUUUGGGGGACUGAUCCAAAAUAGUCCUGCGACAGUGCCCCUGGACAGGUCAGUGUCUGAGGUAUCUGGGUGACAGUGAACAUGUCGGAGUCUAGUGCCCAAGUGCCCACUUCCCUUCUGCCCUGUGUUCCUGCCUAAUUUUAAGUAGACCCAAAAGCCAAAGUACACGUCACGAAAAAGCCAGCCAUGGUGUUCAGGGAGCCUGUGUCUCAGACCCACCCAAGAAAGAACAUACACAGAAGAAGCUGGGGUCCACCCCCUGACCUGAUCCACCUUCCCCUAUUGCAGGAAGCAGCUGUCUGUUUAACGUAAUGGAAGUUUCUAUUAAAUUGGGAAAGUUUUGCCAGACAGCACUUUGAUCUCAUGUUGAGCUGGAUUCUGUCUCAGAAAAGCAGCAAGUCAAGACUCCCUGUUGUGGCAGCUGAGUAGCCCAGGCCUUUGGGCAGAGCCCCCAGCCUUCCUGGAGGCCCCUCCACAGAGACUGUUACAGCCACAUAAGGAGGGGAGCGACAGCUGGGGUUGCGGAUUCUUCAGAGCUAUAACUCCACAGGACACUGAGAUCUUGCUUCCACGCAGGCUGAACCUGUGUCUCCCCUUUGCCUUAUAAAGGGGUUUCUUAGAAGGCAGACAUCCUCUUGAGUGCUUUCGCCCGGGGGUUCUACAUGCAAAUCGGAGGAGCUGCACAUAUUGGUGACGUCAUCAGUGAUUUAUAAGAACAAACAACCCUCUAAAGGUUACUUGAGUAACCCUCACAUGGGAGCCCCUGAAGAUUUUUAGGUUCCGUGAGAAUUUUGAGUAUGGGCCAAAAGAGUUGUCUUAUAUGUCAACUUUUUUGAAGCAGUAAUUGCUCAUUGGGUAUCUGAUCCCUCUUACGAGGCACAUUUCCAGGGUAAACAUGUACUGAUUUCCUCCUUUUUGUUACUGAUGAGACCAGUUCUUAUUGUAAGGCGAUGUCACUGGUGACAUUUUGUUGCCUUUAAUUCACCGAAAAUCAGCUUAUUCUUUUAUGAAAUAGCGUGAGAAAACCCAGGGCAUUUCUACAAAAGUUAAGCCAUAAGGUACUGGGUUAAGAAAACAAAUAAGCAAACAAAAUGCAUCAGAUGGCCAGAGAGUUGUGUAUUGCAUUUUCACUUAGGUAAGCACAUGGUUUUCGAACUUUCUAUCAUAGUUCUGGUCCAGAGUUCUCCUUGAAAUAACACAAAAUUUUCAAGGGAGCUGAAUGAAACAUAUGAUAUAGUAACUGUGCUCAUUUGAUAUAUGCAAAAAAUAAUCCGCUUUCAUUCCAAUGAGCACAUUCCUCCUUAGCCAACACACAGAGCUGGGCAUGUGAAAGCCACAGAGAAGCUGUGCAUUCGACCUCAGUCACUUAGUAACCCUUACUAUGUUCCAUGUAUGUUUGUCAAAAAUAAAACCAACUGCCUUUGUAUAAGCCUGUUGUUGGGGGUGUUCAUGUGGGCAUGGUUUCACCAGGACAACUGGUGGGGUGCACAUUGGCAUCCCGAUUCCUCAACUGGUACCUAUUUCUAAACCACUUUCAGAAUUGCCAUAACCUAUGUUCCCCACUAACAUAGUUGGUGUUCCCGUGCAACUUCGGUGGCUAGUAGUGCUGUUUCACCAAUUUUAGAAGGUUAGUGGGCUGCCCUUUGAUGAGAAGAACAUCCUAAAGAUCAAAGCAGUGGAGGUGUGGUCCAAAGAAAGCCAUGGACGUUUGGUUCUGCUCCCUUUGCCACAAGAGAGAAUCAAUCUGAGUCAACCCUUCCCUGAGUCAACCCUUUCCAGCUUUUUCCUUCACAAGUGAUUUAGUUUUAACCUUUCUGUACUAUGUUCUACAUAAAGAGACACCAAUGGAAUAACUGUUCUGGCCUUGACAUUCAUGUUCCCCAACUCAAAUGAGGACCACAGUGUUCUGUCCCUUUGAUUCUGCCAAUAGGUAGCAAGUUGCAGAAGUGAACCUUGGCUUCAGCCAAGAUGCCAUUUACAUUCCACACCCUUGGCACAUAGAGUGCAUUCACUGUUACUGUGUUUGGUUUUUUUCAAGAUUUAUUUAUUCAUGCAUAUCAGAACCGGGGUACAGGCCAUAGGUGUGUGUGUGGGAAGGGUGAGAGGAUUCACCAGAGACAGAGCGGGGAGCAGAACAGGCAGACAGACUGAAAUACACUGCUGAGGGGAGCAGCAGGUGAGACAGGAGAGGUCUGCCGCCCCAUGUGGGUGUAUCUCCACAGCCAGCCGGGUUCGAACCCACGCUGCAGAGGCUGCGGACAGCUUCACAGCGCUGCGCUCAACCACCUGCGCCACCAGGGGAGUCCCAGCUGUUACUUUAUGUUAAGAAGCCUAAGGAAUAACAGCACCUGCAUUCUAUAGCAAGGUUUCACACCCUCCUUUUCUCCUUUGUGAGGCAACACAAGAGCGGUCAUCCAAAUCAGAGACUUUUCACAAUAUCCUUUAUUGCCAACAGACUUACAUGGACAGUCAUCUAAACAAUGAAUUAUUUAGAAAACGGUGUUUCUCUCUCCACCCAUGAUUCCUCUAUGCUAAUAAAGAGCCUUUCACAGAAACGUAACAAGGUUUAUUUUAUAGAAAACUUCUAAUUAAAUUACCAAGUCCAUGCUUUUAAAUUGUAUCUAUGAGUGCAAAACCUCAACACCCAAAUGUUUUUAGUAUUUAAGUCAAAAGUCAGAGGGUUUGCUACAUAAUCAGAAAUGCACACACCGCUAUUCCGAAAAUGAAGGCACAUUUUCCCAUAACCAAUGACAAGGAGAAGUGCAGCAUUGCCUGAAUAGCCGUGACACCCUCUUCUCAGAGCGACACGGGGGAUGCCAUUUGGCACCUCGCUUGGCUCCCCAGGAAUGUAGGGGUGCACCAGGUGCGUCA